ACCCGAGAGACGAUAUCCCUCUUUUUCUUCUCAGUCAUAACAACGACUGUAGCAGCAACGAACAGCGCCCUCUUCAAGAUAAGAGAAAAUUAUUUUCGUCCCGUAGAAAACACGAUUUGGGAAGGCAAGACAGCUUCUCCGCUGUCGUGUUCACAAAGGUGUGCUAUUCAGCUCGGUUGUAGAAGUGCAAAUUUCCUGGUAAACACAAAAAGGUGUUUACUUUCGGCUGAAAACAAGGAAAGUCUUUCCAGCGCGCUGCUUCAUCAAAAAGAUUCUUUUUAUUUAGAAAAGGUAUGUCCGUUAUGUAGGAGAAUGAAGUGAAGUGUUCCUCGCUGCUACAAAAAUUUUCAUCAGUUAGCUACUGUGUUGUGGUUUUGGCAAUAAGUCAUGUUAUUUCAGUCUUUUAAUUGAGUGUUCUAUGAUCGAACCAUCCGCAAUUUCUUGGGAAAAGCUCAUAUUUCAGGGGUGAAUAGGGGAGACCAAAAACAAAAAACUUUUCCUAAUAAAUAAUUUUUCAAGAGUACGCCCUCGAAUUAUCACCAAAAACAAAAGUUCUCGUAGUUAGGUGAAAACAAAAUUCUAAAACUUCCCAUAAUCCCCACCCACCCCCACACCAUCUCUACACUCGCUUCGUAGUCAACUCGUCAAUGUUUUUAUAUUUUUUUUUGUUUUUUUUUUUCCAGAUCAUCCUAAAAACAAAGAGAUCAAGACCUCGCAUUAAAAGAGGUAAGUCGGUGAGUUUCUCGUUUCCAUCCACGCUGCUAAAAAACAAAAGAGAGUCGUAGGGAGUCUUGGCGAGAGCGUGUAACUGAGGGGUGAGGGGUAAAGACCGAGGGGUUAGGAGUGGGAGGGGGAGUAAUGGGAGUGAGGGAUGGGAGGAUGUGAGUAUUGGCGUUAAGGGUGAGAGGGAAGGGUGGGGCGAUGAAAGAUUAAAUUUGAGAGGACGAAAGAGUUGGUGUCUAAGUCUCAGUUUUUUGAAAACCAUAUUACUUUCUUAAUAAAGCUGGAAAAAAAGGAUAAAUCGGCAGGAAACCCGUGGUUAAAUAAAGUCUAUGUAAGAAAAGUCUCGAGUUUUUCUUUUCCCUACUUUUGUUACCUUUAAUUUACAGAUUUACAAGAACGUUUGAACGUUUUUUCCUUGGAAAUUUUGCACGGGAAUUUGGCGCAUGGCCAAUCAAAAUUGUCCUCCUACGCAUGUCUUACUUUUGAGCACUGUAUUUUGUGCUCCAAGGGUGAACUCGGUUUAUUUCAAAAGAUUCAUGACAAACAUAGGAUACCGUUGCGCAGAACCACGACAAAUUUUCUUUCAUUUUUUGCAGGGAGAACAAAAUCCUCCGCUGUCCGCUCCUGUGAGUACCUCUUCGACCAAACUAGUGCACGAUCUCUUCCCCCGCCCUCUGGUGUUUAUUGGGUAGAUCCAGUUGCUGGUUCCCAGUCAAAGCCAUUUCAGGUUUACUGCGACAUGGAGACUGAUGGAGGAGGCUGGACUCUAGUUUGGAGUUAUACGUUUACUAACUACGAUGAUUUUACAAGUGUUACAAACGCCGUGACUCCAAGGCCCAAUUGGCCAGUACACGGUUUCGAUGGUAUAUCAACAACAGCCCCAAUGAAUGAAAUAGAUUACAACGCCAUGAGCUAUUCACUCUGGAAACAACUCGGCAGACAAUUUCUUAUCAAGAGCAACAUAAACAACUGGCUAGUGUGUCAUCCGGGAACCGGCAGCUUGGUUGAUUGGCAGGAAGGCGAUGUCAACUGUCGGAUUGUCAAGCACGUGACUAACACGUGUAAUGACGCGUUGCCGCCUUCAUUUCUGCGAUUUGACAUAGCGAAAGGGGUGACGCUUUGCUCCAAUAAGAACCCUUACUCACACAUCUACUACCGCUUUGACUCCAGCCACAAAAGUACCUGGCCUGUCCAUGACCCUUGUGGAAAAGAGCGUGACAAUCAUGUAAAAAGUGUCCUUAAUCCACACGGGAACAUUUAUAUUCGUACCUGAUAAAUUCCACAGUUUUACAAGGCCUUCCUCACCUGACAUAAUAAACUCAGGUGUAAUGGUCCGAUCCUUAGUUAUUGGGGUUUGGAUGAAUACGGGGGGGGGGGUAUUACAUGUUUUCGGGGAGAAUGAAGAGGGGGAUCAGUCGUCGUUAACUGAGGAGAGACUCUGAUAGAAAAUUGACCACCAAUCAGAGGGGAUUUUGCUUUUUGAUGAAAUUACAGCACAUGAAAAUAAAACUUUGAAAUAAAAUAGUUGACAGAAAGUAAUCAUUUUUAAUAGUUUCUAUUAUCGCACCCUUUCUACGAUCUCUCAGGGGGUCCUUUCAUAGUAAACUACAUUUCUGAACGAGUUUCGCGCCGUCAGCUGAAAAUUUUUCGAAACGUUCUGAGGCCCAAAUCAAAUUGACCAAGAAGAGACCGAGGUACCAAGAAUUGAAUGAGUUUUUCCUAAAACGAGGAAAUAUUCUGAUAUUCUCAUUAGACCUUUUUCUGUGCAUCGCCAUGCACUGAUGCCGUCAGAAUUGAAUACAACUCAGCUCAUAGAACUAAAUCAGCGAUACUAGCAAUCACUAUUGUUAGGCGACCCACCGAGAUUGAUGUUGAAAGUUUUUUCCUCCCUCAGCCUUUUUACUUACUGUCUACCAUACAGUUCUUGUGAUGUUAGUUUGGAGAAUUUGGUAUUGGAUCAACUUAUAAUCCCCAAAUUGAUUGGCUUUUCUUUUUUCUCAUCACUUAUCUGCUUGAUAUUGUAUUGAUAUUGUAGGGAGAAAUUCUGUCUUGGUCACUCAUGAAAGUUAAAGGGUUAAAGAUAAGACUAUUCCCAGCUGAGCCGCGAUCAUUCCAAUUCCUGGCAGAAUGUCGUUUCUAUUAACUUUCCCGUUACUAAUUAGUUUUUUCAGCAAAUAAGAAAUCAGGAAAUUCUAUUUCUUCCUGAAAGCGCUAAAUCAAUGACGCUGGCGCAGUUUAGGAAAUUAGCUUGCAAACUAUCAGGGGAAGGGCAGCCACACUUUUACACUUACCAGAGAGGAAGAAUUUCCGUCAUUCGUCGUGUAUUGUACAAGAAUUCACCUUAGUGUUUAUCUAAAAAUUUUUCACAACUGCGCGGACGAAAUUUAAUAAUUAGCAUUUUCUUAAAAGCUAGGUUUUUCGUUUGUCUCAUGAUGUAGUCACGUGUGAUGUAGAUCGCGUUUUACAUCACACGUGACUACAUCGUGAGACAGACGAAAAACUUACCUUUUAUUGUUAUUCACCACGAUGAAUAACCACAACCUUUUCUACGAAAGAAUUUUCUUUUGUUUAAGCAGGCAGUUGUUCGUAUUCCCUAAAGUUCCUGUUUUUCUCAAAGGGUUUUCCCCUCUGAGCUCGUACGGAAGAUUAAAUCUAGAAUUCCCUCUUCCCCUGUAAGCCACCGUGCUAGUAUUGUUGAGAUGGUUUGAAUCGCUAAUAAUUCACCGUGAAAAGUACUUGAAAUCUUUGAAUAUACCAAACAUGAAAUAUUACCCAAUAUAAUGCUGCAGAUCAUGAAAAUUGAUGAAAAGGGCAUUUAAUUUUUCCAAUUAAAACAGCAGCACUCUACUUGAAAGAGUUCCAAUAUUAUGUGCGGAAAAGGGCUUUUCAGCGUUGAUCUAGAUUUGCUUCAGCUUCAAACUCGAUCUACAUCUUAAUCUCUGAAUUUUAAUAAAAAGCUUAAAAGCUCUGCACGCUAUCGGAAACUCGCAUAAAUCAAGAGCUCGAGUGCAGUGCAGGUUCCUUGCACAAGUUGUACAGCUUCAAUCGCCAAACGUCAUCAGUCUAUAGAGACGCCGCCUAG